AUGAAGAUAACUGUUUUCUUUUCGCUUUUUCUUGCGAUUACAGCUUUCGACUACCGUGAAUUUUAUAAAAAAUAUCACCAAGAGCCAAGCCAGCUAGAAAGGGCUAGGAGCAUAAGCGAUUUGGAAGAUGAAGACUUGGAAAGAUACACUAGAGAUUGCAUGGUCUUCAAGACUCGAUCGUAUGACUGUACUCUGUUCAGAACUCUCUUUCGUGACCUCAUCAGCGAACACAAAAAUCAUCCACUCCUAAUGAGCGUUAAAUACGCUGUUUGA